UAAGUGCCCAUCUCUAGCCGCUCAAGAAUUUCAUUUGGUGUUUUUUUUUAAAGUAAACAAAUUUAGAACUAAUAUAAUGGAAAAGGUGGAAGCAGUAACUGUGCCCAACGUAGAUGCUUAUAGGCGGCUUUUGAACAAGGCGGUAUCCCAGUUAUUGGUGGACAAAGGCGCCGGCCAGGCGAGCAACCAGUGUUUGGAGACGCUUACCCAGAUGCUGCAGGCGCUGAUUGGGGAGAUUGGUAAUUCAGCGCACAACUACUGCGAACUGAGUGGACGCACUAUGCCCACCGUGGGCGAUGUAAGCUUGGCUCUAAUCAAUAUGGGUAUCUCCAUUGCCAGUCUGGAUCCGUACAUGCGAAAGGAAACGCAUGUGCCAAUUCCCCUACCGCCACAACAGACACAACAGCGUCCAUUGAGUCUACUCCAGGCGGGCAGUAAGUCCUCGCAUCCGCACUAUGUGCCCAGUUAUUUCCCAGCCAUGCCCGAUCCGCACGCCUACAUACGGACGCCCACGCACAAGCAGCCUGUAACCGAGUACGAAGCCAUACGAGAGAAAGCCGCAUGCCAGAAGCGGGACAUUGAAAAGGCGCUAACCAAGUUCCUGUGCAAGACCACAGAGACGAAUAACCUCUUUCCCACCGAAGACAACAUGUUUCCCUUAAUUGCCUGCAAGCCCGCAUUUCCUCCAUAUGCAGCUGCCUUGAAUCCCACGGAUCAGGUGUUUGACUUUGAAGAGCUGGAGUAUCACUAUCUAGUGGCCAAUCGCACAGAAGAUGUGCCCAGUAAAGAAGACGGUGAGGAAGGCGACAGCGAGAAUGAGGAGAUGGACGGCGACAAGUCCAAAGAGGAAAAGCCCGAGCUGGAGAUCAAGCCCAAUUCCACCACCAACAAGGCUAUUUUGGAGAACCCCAAUAUAGAUAAUCCCUAUUUAAGAGCCGCCACACUGCCUAAGCGUUCCAAAAUUCCGACUCCAGGGAUCAUGCCGAGCAGAAGUGUGGCCAGCACGGCUCCAACGAUACCAACGCCUUCCACUCUAGAGAUAACCACAAGUAAUGCCUAAGCGUAUAAGCGGUUUUAAUAACUGUUAGAAAAUUGAAGGUCUACAUUUUGGGUAAUAUCUUCUCCAAUCUAUUGCUAGAUCACUUUUUGAGAAGGUUCAAGGUAGUUCAAAUCAAUUCUAAUCAUAUUUAAAACUUAAUCUUUAAAAACACUUUGAAAUAUGCUAAACAAAUGGCCUCAGAUCCUGAGAUCCGAGAUUCAAUUUUGAAUACGUAUCAGACAGAUAUUCUUAGAACUAAAAGACGAGGCAGAUCGCGAGUAAAUUUACCUUUACUAAAGUCGGAACCAAUUCCUUCUCGUUAUAAAUAUAUUUGCAUAUAACUUACGCGAUAGAAAUAUUGAAAGCUUUAUAUUUAAAUUUGAAAUAUAAAUAUUUUCUUACAUAUUAUUUAAAAAAA